AUGGCAGUGGGAGUUGCCAGAGUCAUCCUGCUGUGCCUCUUUGGGCCUGUCCUCUGCCUGACAGAUGUCCAGACUUCUGAGCCCAGUGGGUCCCAGGCCCGGCAAUGCUACAGCUUCCAACACAUCUACUUCGGGCCCUUUGACCUCAGUCAUGUGAACUUCAGCAAUGUCUCCUGCCCGCAGGGAUGCUCUGAGGCUGUCUUGUCCCUGAACACUGGGUACCGCUCCUCGGUGACCAUGGUGCAGAAGGGCUGCUGGAGAGGCCCGCUUACGGGCCAGAUGCUGUCGGAUGACAAGUCGCUGCCGCCUGACUACUCGGUGGUGCGCCGCUGUGCCACCGACUUGUGCAACGUGAACCUCCAGACCCACGACUCGCUCCCCAAUCUGAGCCCCGCGCCCAACCCGCCGACACUCAGCGGCACCGAAUGCUACGCCUGCGUGGGGAUCCACCCAGAGGACUGCACCCCGGAGAAGUCCCGGAGGGUCCAGUGUCACCAGGACCAGAGCGUCUGCUUCCAGGGCAAUGGACGAAUGACCCUUGGCAAUUUCUCAGCCCCCGUGUACGUCCGAACCUGCCAACGGCCCUCCUGCACCAUCAAGGGCACCACCAGCCCCUGGACAAACAUCGACCUGCAGGGCUCCUGCUGUGAGGGGGACCUGUGCAACAGGGGCGCCCUGACCCAGUCCUUCACCAGCGCAUCGGACACUGCAGCCCCUCGGGUGCCCCCUGUCACGGUCCUGCUCCUCACGGUCUCCCUGCUGGGUGGCGCUCUGGGAGGACCCCUCGGGCUGUCCUCCUAAUCAGUCCCUCCAUCCUCUUCCUGAGUGGGAUUCU